AUGUCGAACAAGGUUAAGAUCGCGCUCAUACAAAUGCACCCCAAGGUCGUCGCGCCAGAGGUGAACUUUGCCAAAGCAGAGUCGUACAUCCGCUCCGCCGCGUCCCGCGGCUGUUCGCUCGCUGUCCUUCCCGAGUACCAUCUCACAUCAUGGGUCCCCGACCAUCCCGCGUUUGUGUCGAGCUGCGCACAAUCAAGGGUCUACCUGGAGAAGUACCGGACGCUGGCCAGGGAUGUUGGCAUCUCGAUUGUGCCGGGCACCAUUGUCGAACUCGACGGCGAGGGCGACGACGACUUCGAUCUCCUCAACGUCGCUUACUUCAUCGGCCCGGACGGCGCCGUGCUGGGGCAGUACAAGAAGAAGAACCUGUGGCACAACGAACGGCCGCACCUCACCAAGGGCCCGGCACCGCACGGCGCAUUUGACACGCCGCUGGGAAGAGUGGGGAUGCUAAUAUGCUGGGACCUGGCGUUCCCCGAGGCCUUCCGGGAGCUCAUCCGCGACGGGGCACGGGUCAUCGUGUGUCCCGCCUUCUGGCUCGCGGACGAGUAUAAGCACGAGGGCGGGGACGAGGGCGUGCAGGUGGUGAACCGGGACUCGGAGAGAGUGUUUCUGGAGAACGUGAUGGUAGCGAGGGCGUUUGAGAACACGGCGGCCGUGGUGCUCGUCAACGCGGGCGGGCCUGCGGGCGGGGGCGGAGUGGAAGUCAGGGAGGGCGGGACGAGGGUAAGGUAUUGCGGCGUCAGUCAGGUCGCGAUGCCUCUCGUCGGGUCGCUUGGAAAGUUGGCUGCCGAGGAGGCGAUGGAGGUCGUCGAGGUCGAUCUUGGUUUGUUGGAUGUUGCUGAGGGGGUAUACAAGGUGAGGGAGGAUAUGAGGAAGGAAGGGUGGCAUUAUGGCUAUUCGAUUGUGAACGAGUGA